GAAUGUAUGCUGCACAGUAUAUAAGAAAACGCCUCGUCUGAACUGUGAUGACAACGUCAGCAAGACUCAAAGGGGACUGGGCGCAAGCGUCUCCCUUCUCAUAUGUCACACCGAUUGCCAAGGAAGACAGGAGGCACACUGCUAAAUAGUUGCUGGUCAGCUAGCAUGUCACACCAACUAGCUAGCUAUCUAAUAUUACCAAAUGGAUAGAAAGCGCUAGCCAGUUUGCUAUCACAUCCAUGCAUGUGACAGUAAACGAUGGGGAUUGUUUACAUUACCCAACUCCCAUUCAAGUCUGCAAAAACGUAAUCAAUUGAGUGCUUGUUGCUGUUAACUGAACUUGCAAGGUUGGCCUGCUAGGCAACUUGUUCUGAAAAUGAAACACGAUCGCAUGUUGGCUAUCUAGCCAGUUCCCCACCCAAUUUGUCAGUCUCAUUGAGUACGUUUACAUGUACACUAAUAAUCCGAUAUUAAACUGAUUAUGGCAGUAGACAGAUUAUGCAAUAGUCAUGUAAACGCCUUACUCUGUUUAUCUUAAUCUUAUUAAGGUCAAAAUCGAAGUAAACAUACGCCAAUUAAAACACAAUGUCUGGGCAAUCUUUGGAUUGAUUAAAUCAUGUAAACACCUUAAUGGCGUUCCAGCGGUGUAUUUGGUCUGCGCAUGUGCUAGCACCAGCCGAGCGAGCCUCCGUCUAGCACGAGUGAGGUCACAGCAAAGUUUGCCAUCAUGUUCAUCACCGUUCAAUACAAUGUGACUCAAAGUCUUGACGAGAGGGCUGAGCAAGUGAACCUGUACCAGUACGGUCCUAAAGACAUAGCCACUGUGUUCUUCUACCUGCUCAUUGCUGUCAUACUCCACGCCUUAAUACAGGAAUACAUUCUCGAUAAAAUGAAUAGGCGGUUGCACCUGUCGAAAACCAAACAUAGCAAGUUCAAUGAAUCGGGACAGCUUGCUGCCUUCUACUUAUUGUCCUUCAUCUGGGGCUGCAGCAUCUUAACAGCGGAGGAAUUUGCGACAAAUCCUACUUUCUUAUGGGAGGGCUACCCACACACCCACAUGGUCUUUCAGGUGAAGUUCUUCUACAUUUGCCAAAUCGCAUACUGGCUCCAUGCCCUUCCUGAGCUGUACUUCCAGAAAGUGCGAAAGGAGGAUAUUCCCCGCCAGCUCUAUUACAUUUGUCUUUACGUCUUCCACAUCACCGGUGCCUACAUCUUAAACCUCCACCGGCUGGGGCUGGUGCUGUUGGUACCUCACUACCUGGUGGAGCUCCUGUUCCACGCCUCACGCCUCUUCUACUUCAGUGAUGAGAACAAGCAGAAGGGUUUCACUCUGUGGGCGCUACUUUUCGUCAUCGCUCGGCUCCUUACCCUCACCCUCUCCGUACUGACUUUUGGCUUCGGACUGCCCCGCGCAGAGAACCAGGGUUUCUCACUGGCAAAGGGAAACUUCAAUGUGCUUACCAUUAGGAUGACGUGCCUGGCUGCCAUUUGCCUGACCCAGGCCUGGAUGAUGUGGAAGUUCAUCAACUUCCAGUUGAAGAAGUGGAGGGAGCACAGCCAGAGCCAGGCCUCCAAGAAGAAGGCUUUCAGCCCGAAGAGCAAGCCCCACAAGAAGGACCUGGCCCGGGUAGGUUCUGCCAACGGUGUGGUGAAGUCCGAUGACAAGACGUCACCCCGUGCGAGAAAAGCCAAAGCCUCAUAGAGUUGGAGGGAGAGAAUGGAGGGAUGGAGCUGAGGAGAAGUGAGGGGGCUAUUCUCAAUGUGACAUUUUGUCUUUUCAUCACUUACAUUUUUUAAUCUAUUCCCCAAAACAACCUUAACUGUCUGUUUUGUGUUAGAACCUAUGUUUUAAUAGUUAUGUUUUUGUUUGUUUUGAGGACCUAAUAUGUUUGUGUUCAGUUGUUCUUUCUGUGGAUGGGAUGUAAGCAGGGCAGGGUCGACUGGUUAAAUGUUUUAAAGUAUGAAUCCACUACCCGUGUGUGCCCCACCAACUGCCCCACUGCUUGUGCUGUGUGUUCACUUUGAACGAAAACAUGGGGUUUGGCCCUAAGCCACUCUGGGCUGGCCUUUUGGGCAAGGUGUGUCUGUGCUAAAUCUCUCCCACUCAAAUUUUGUUGCUUGAGAGAGAGGAAGUGGGAAGUAACUGGAUAGAUAAUUGGUCAAAAAGUCAUUUUUGGAGAGGAAUUAUCUGUAGCGAUUGCAUCCAGCUUCAGGGCCCUAGUCAAUCAAACUUUCUAACUGGGUUUCUGAGGAAGUCAAACAUGCACUGUUCAAUCUUCACAGCAAGAGUGCAUGGCACGAUUCAUGAGCUCAACAAAACAUGUAAAACAAGAAGUGUGUGAAACAUUGGACUAAAAGUUUAUUUUACCUUGUCAUUGGUUUUGUAUAGGGACAUCACCAUUAACUCCUAACGGUGUCCGUUUGAUGCCUGUAUUGUUACUUGCUUUUGCCAUAUGAAAUCUGUGCUAUUAUGGGAUUGAGGCACUGUUAGUAGUUAGUCAUUGAGUAGCCCCGUCUCACAGAUUGACCAACUCUCUAUCAGCCAUAUUCUGACUCAACUGGCCUUUAUCCAAAACUCCAUUACUGGAGAUAAUUCCUUUAUCCAUGCAGACAGAACUAGAUCUCUUGAGCAAAUGAUGCAUUGAUGUACAGUACCAGUCAAAAGUUUGGACACACCUACUCAUUUCAUGGUUUUCUUUAUUUUUACUAUUUUCUACAUUGUAGAAUAAUUGUGAAGACAUCAAAACUAUGAAAAAACACAUGGAGUCAUGUGUUAAACAAAUCAAAAUAUAUUUUAGAUUCUUCAAAGUAGCCACCCUUUGCCUUGAUG